AUGGUUCUACAACUGCUGGCAUUGAGCGGAGAAGAGAUCGAGGUAGAGCUGGCGGAUGCCCAGAGCAUCAAAGAUGUGAGGGCGCGGGUGGCCACCAAGCUGGGCUGUGAACCUGCUUGUGUGCUGCUGGUCCCCUCGGGAAGCACUGAAGUCGUGAAGGACAAUCAGAUGGUAGAGACCUACAAUGCUUUGACGGUGAUCAACCAGUCCUUUGAUUCCAGGUUAAUCCGACUAGACGUUGAGGAGUCAAAGCAGUACUCCCCACGUCAGGCGUCCACACUCUUCUACAAGACCUCCCAGCUUCUCUAUGAUGGCACCAUGCUGUGGGAGCGACAAGACCGGCAGAUUUGCGAUGAGAUGGGCUACCGCGGGCGCACCCAUGACGUUUACUUGUCCGAGUGUGGCCAGCUGCUCUUUUGCCGCUCCGGCUUCCUGCGGCGAAGAGGCGUUCCAGAGUAUGAGCCGACCAAAGCCAUUCAGAUUCAGCACCUUCUGCAGAAGCGUGGCUUCCGCUGA